UACAGUCCGUAAAAUUGGUCGUACAUACAUUACUGUUUGCGUAUUGGUGUAAUCCAAAUCGGGCUAUAUUUCUGUGAAUCGCGCCGAAUCCAAUCGAUUUCUGAGAAAUUGAAUUGACAAAGAUGGAGGAAAUCACGGAAGGAGUCGCCAACGUUACGGUAUCUGGGGACACCCAGAAGAAGAACCGAAUCCAGGUUUCGAACACGAAGAAGCCCCUUUUCUUUUAUGUUAACCUCGCCAAGAGGUAUAUGCAGCAAUAUAAUGAGGUGGAGCUCUCUGCUCUUGGAAUGGCUAUUUCAACUGUUGUAAGCAUUGCCGAAAUCUUGAAGAACAAUGGAUUUGCAGUGGAGAAGAAGAUCAUGACAUCCACGGCUGAGAUCAGAGAUGAUUCGAGAGGGCGGCCCAUCUCCAAAGCCAAAAUUGAGAUUGUGCUGGGGAAGUCUGAGAAAUUCGAUGAACUGAUGGAAGCAGCAGCAGCAGCAGCUGCUGCGGAUGAGAGAGUUGGAGAUGGUGAAGAGCAAAGCUAAGAAUGGUAAUUUAAUUUGAAUAAUUAUUCGGUUUGAGAUGAUACACUGAGAUUGCCUGUUUUAAGUAACUCGAACUUGCAGUUUAAACAAGAUGAUAGGAUUCUGGGUAUUUAUUUUGUAACAUUAGGGCUUUGGUUAAAGGCCAUAUGGAUUUCAACAGGUUCCCCCGAACAGACAAAAAUUAAAAUGCAAAGGUCAAGUGAUUUUUGCUGCUAAA